AUGGCGCGAAGAGGUCCAUUGCGCGGGAAAGCGGCGCGUGGCUCGUUGCGCAAAGGCGCGAACGCGAAUUCUCACCCCGCGUAUUAUUUAUUGAUUGUUGAAAAACAAUGGCGGGCACUCGCUGGCACGGUUAUGGACGAUAUAGAGAAAAAAAUACCGGUGCUCUGCGUGGGUCCCAAGGGUUCCGGUAAAACGACGCUUUUAAAGAAAUUGCAAGAGGCUGAAGGCAUUGACUACACAUACAGCCCAGUGCCGACAAUCGGUACAAAUAUAUACGAUAUUAAUUACGUGAACAAACAAGGCAAGAAGCAAGUGGUGUCAAUCAGGGAGAUCGGCGGAGAGAUGGUGACACUAUGGAGUAAUUACUUGGAUGGGAUUGAGAAGGUUAUAUUCGUGAUUGACACGUCAAAUUUGUGUCAAAUCUCGGCCGCCGCGGUCAUGUUGUAUACACUCUUAGCAGAGCCGAGGCUUCGAAGGUCGAAGUUCUUAUUAGUGUUGAGCAAGAUGGACGCCUCUUACCGUCAGAUGCGCAACGAAGCUCUGCUAAUGCUGCAACACCAGAGGCUCCGAAGCGAACUGCACAACGCACCAGCUCUCCUGGAAGCCGCACCACUAACAGGCAUGGGGUUGGAUGCCCUACGCGCUUUCCUUGGAGAUGCAAGGAAAGCAGACGCUACA